CGGGUGCCCGUCUUGCUUCCUUUCAGCUGGGAUGUAGGCCCUGCUCACCUCAUUGCCUUCUCCACGGAGGUGUAUUUCUACCUGGAGUAUGGGAAGCAGCUGGUUGCCAAGCAGUUCCAGUGGCUGGAGAGGGACCUCCAGGAGGCGAACCAGCCUGCGCGGCGUGGGGAGCGCCCCUGGAUUGUCACCAUGGGGCAUCGUCCCAUGUACUGCUCCAACAACGACAAGGACGACUGCACGCAGUAUGAGAGCACUGUUCGCAAAGGACUGAAGCCAAACCGUUACGGGCUGGAGGACCUCUUCUACAAAUAUGGGGUGGAUCUGACCUUGUGGGCUCACGAGCACUCCUACGAGCGCCUCUGGCCGGUCUACGACUACAAGGUUUACAACGGGAGCACCGCAGCCCCUUAUACCAAUCCCAGCGUCCCUGUCCACAUUAUCACUGGAUCAGCUGGUUGCUGGGAACGACUGGACCCCUUUAUCCCAGACCCGCGAGAAUGGAGCGCUGUGCGGAUUGAAGACUAUGGAUAUGCCCGCAUGCAGAUUGUCAACAAGACUCACCUCUGGCUGGAGCAGGUCUCGGACGAUCAGAAUGGGAAGGUCGUGGAUAAGAUUUGGCUGAUCAAAGACCGGCACGGUCCAAGGGGCUGGCGCUAUCCCUCUCUGCUGGAAGCCCCGAGAAGACAUCGUAGGCCCAGCGGCUUUGCUUGCAAGCUGGCACCGCGUUCUCUGGCUCAAAUACGGAGCUCCUUUUCCCGUCUGCGGAGGGGCGACACGUAGAAAAAAGGGGGGGAGCUUCAGUGAUGUGCCUGCAGCUGCCCUCCUGCCUGUCUUGAUGCCCCCUCCAGACCCGUCCGUCUGUCCAUCCUGAGUGUAGGGUCAGCUUGCGAGAGAAAUGAUGCAUCCUCACGUCCCUGGUGCAAGUUGGGUGCUGAGGCGGAGCGUCUUAGCACCGACGGGAAUCUGCUUUCUGCCUGCCAUGCUCGCAUCUUCUACUGCAAAGCAGAUGAAUCUCUCCUUCUUACUUCGCCCCUUUCCGCCUCUUCCUCUCAGGCAGCUCUUUAACGGAUCCGGUUCAGCUCUCCAACGCGAGUGCGACCCUCGGAGAGCCAAAAGGAGACCGAAGGUGAAAUGCGCAGAGCCGGGCGGCCUGCGGGAGCCUUCCCGAUGGCUCCGAGGCAGCUUUCCCUGCUCCGGAGGCUUUGGGCACGACUCCCGCGAUCAUCAGACCGUAACGGUAGACGCCCAAAGGGUUGUGGCCCAAAGCCCCGGAGGACGGCGGCCGGACCGGCCGAGGGUGUCGCGGGGCAGUGGGAGCUCCGGGCCGCAGAGCCGCGGGAUGCUAAGCUGUAUGGAGCGGCACGGCUUGAUUUUCGGCAAAUGAUUGAUUGACUGACUGACUGACUGAUUGAUUGAUUGAUUGAAUAAAAGAAGCAAGAGAAGGCAGGAAAAAGCGCGUUUAUUUGGAGUCGAACUUCCCAGACGGUUAUUUUUAUAGACGUCCCUCAGGCCGGCGGAGGAUGAAACCGGCUGUGC